UUUCCAAUUGAACCACUGCCUUGUCAUUAUACUUCAUCUGUGUAGCGAGUCAAAAAAUGUGCACAGCUGGACCAUUGGAGCUGCCUCUUUUUGAACUGAUACCAUCACAGAAACAGGUGGUUUUUAAUGGAGACCGCUUGCCAUUUCAGUGUACGGCAACAUACCUCGAUAAUACUACACAAGUGCAUUGGUACCAUGAUGGUCGCCUAGUUGAAACUGAUGAUGAAAGCGGCUUGUUUGUGGAGGACAGCAUAACACAUGACUGCUGUCUAAUUACACGUGAACUUAUUUUGUCCAGCAUUGAUAUUGAUGCAACAGGAAUGUGGGAAUGUAUGGUCAACAACUCCUAUGGAAGCACCUCGAAGCAAGUGGAAAUUGUUGUCCUAGAAACAGCUGCCCCUUAUUGUCCUGCUGAAAGAAUAAUUAACAAUAAAGGAGAUUUCAGAUGGCCCAAGACUUUGGCUGGAGUAACUGCUUACCACUUAUGUCUUCAGUCUUCACCCAAUUCAGCUUCCCUUCUGAAUGGAGCAGAAGAGUCAAAAGCUUGGCGUAAGUGUAACCGCACAGGUCGGUGGGCUGAAGAAAGCUAUUCUGAAUGUCCUUAUUCACAAGAAGCGACUCAAGUCCUUCAUGCCUUUAGUCAGAUGCAUCUGAAUGCCACCAAUGCACUUGAAUUUUCCCAUCAGCUUGCAGCCUACACAAGAGAUGCUGCCAACUUUGCAGAUAAGGCGGACGUGAUCUAUUUAGCUUAUAUGCUGGAAAAGCUAAUUGCAUAUUUGGAUGAAACCAAAGAUCUUGCAGAUGCUGUAGUUGAGAUUGCUAGCAAUAUAAUGCUGGUAAAUGACCAAGUAUUAUGGACGGCACAAAAAGAAGAUAAAGCGUGUACUAGGAUUGUACAGUGCGUGGAGCACAUUGCAAACCAAACUCUGACCAGUAAUACACAGGUCAUAUCAAAGGUUUCUCUUAAUAUUGCUCUGGAGGCUUUUAUGAUCAAGCCAUCUAAUUUCAUGGGGAUGACUUGCACUGCCUUCCAGAAAAUAUCUGCAAAUCCAGACAGGUCACUGAGCCGUGACACCGGGAACAGGGAGACAGACCAACAUUUGAAUUUUAAGUGCAAUGCUGGCAGUCAUAGUGCCUCCUUGGUGAAUUUCUCUGCAAUGAAUGCUGUGGCAGUAGCUUCAGUUCAUUUGCCACGGUCUGUCUUCUCUUCGGCUUCAGCCUUGCAAUCUGUUGAUAACUCCUCUUGCAAGCUACAGUUUAUUGCCUUUCGGAAUGGAAAACUCUUCCCGAGCACUGCAAACUCGUCUAACCUUGCAGAUUAUGGGAAGCACAGGACUGUUGGCACGCCAGUGGUCCUCAUUAAAAUAGAUGGGUGCAGUAUCAGAAACCUCACCAGUCCUGUUACUAUAGCGUUGAAGCACUUUACACAGGGUAUAAACCCCAUUGCAGUCUUUUGGGAUUUUGACCUUCUGGAUGGACAUGGAGGCUGGUGGAGAGAAGGGUGCCACAUAAUUAGCUCUGCAGACAAUAUUACCACUCUUCAUAGUACUCACUUCGGUAACUUUGCAGUGCUAAUGGAUCAGAAAACAGUGUGGCCCCUUUCCCAGUACCCUGGGGAGUUCCUGCACCCUGUGGUCUAUGCAUGUACUGCAGUCAUGCUGUUGUGCCUGUUCGCUUCAAUUAUCACCUAUAUUGUGCAUCACAGCACAAUUCGAAUCAGCAGAAAAGGCUGGCACAUGCUUCUCAACUUCUGUUUCCAUACCGCUCUCACUUUUGCUGUUUUUGCUGGUGGAAUAAAUCGUGUAAAAUAUCCAAUUAUCUGUCAAGCGGUUGGCAUAGUAUUGCAUUAUUCCACACUCUCUACUAUGCUCUGGAUUGGAGUGACUGCAAGGAAUAUUUAUAAGCAAGUUACAAAAAAGCCUCAGACCUCUCAAAACAGUGAUCAGCCUUCUUAUCCAAAACAGCCAUUGCUCAGGUUUUAUCUGAUUAGUGGAGGAGUUCCUUUUAUUAUUUGUGGAAUUACAGCAGCAACCAACAUAAAUAAUUAUGGGAUAAAAAGCUAUGCAGGAGCCCAGUUUUGUUGGAUGGCAUGGGAGCCAAGUCUCGGCGCGUUUUAUGGCCCAGUGGCAUUCAUUGUCCUGGUCACCUGCAUUUAUUUCCUCUGCGCAUAUGUGCAGUUGAGGCGUCACCCAGAACGCAAAUAUGAAUUGAAGGAAAGGACGGAAGAUCAGCAGAGGCUGGCAAGUCCUGAAGUUGGCCAUAGCCACAUCACAGACCCUGGAUCAGUCUCCCAGGCUACAUGCUCAAUGAUUUCUUCUUCCUUGCUGGAAAAUGAGCACUCCUUUAAGGCUCAGCUUCGAGCGGCUGCAUUCACUUUGUUCCUGUUUACCGCCACUUGGACCUUUGGCGCCCUCGCAGUUUCCCAAGGACAUUUCUUGGAUAUGAUCUUUAGCUGUCUAUAUGGAGCAUUUUGUGUGACCUUGGGGCUCUUCAUCCUCAUCCAUCACUGUGCAAAGCGAGAUGACGUGUGGCAUUGCUGGUGGUCCUGUUGCCCGUCUAGAAGAAACACAUACUCAGUGCAAGUGAAUGUCCGGCCAAAGGUCAAUGUCAACGGGGAAAGCCAGGUUCAUGCCCCGUGUCUUCAGGAAUCACCAUGUCCUAGUAAAUCUGCUGUUUUCAGUCACCCAGCUGCUAGCCACUGCAAACUUACAAAUCUACAAGCUGUUCAAAACCACGUCAACUGCCUUUCACCGGUCACACCGUGCUGUGCGAAAAUGCACUGCGAUCAGCUUCUGGAAGACGAAGCUCAUAUUCAUGUACACAACGAGGGGACUUUCAGACCCAACAUGCACAUUCACAGAUGUCUGAAAAGCAGAACUAAGCCGCGAUACUUCAGCCGGCAUCGGUCUGCAGGUGAAAGAGAGUACGCUUACCAUAUUCCUUCCAGCAUUGAAGGCAGCAUCCACAGCUCCCACACAGACAGUCCACACAGUACACACGACAGUCAGUCGGGCCACAGGCGGCCGUGCUGUGCGAAGAACGACCCAUACCCUACCAUCAGCCAGCCUGAAAGUAGUGAUGCCAGUACUGUCAUCUACAGCUGUGCUAAAGUGCCAGAAAGUGAGACAGUGCACCACGCAGCUCAUUUUGAGCUGCAUCCGCGGACACAGUCCCUGCCAUUUAGCACAGGCAGCCACAAUGGGAUUCUAAAGGGGAACCUGCACGAAGCCAUGAUCUACAGUUCCGAUAGUACAGGAAAUAUCAAAACUGGCCCUUGGAAGAAUGAAACUACUGUGUAGUUGGUGGGCCGCGUUUCUCCUUCUGCAGCUCCGACCAUCUUAGGCUGCAGUCCUAUACCCACGUACCUGGGAGUAAGCCCAGUUGAACUUAAUUGGGCUUACUUCUGCGUAGGUCGGCAUAGGAGUGCACUGCUGAUCUUUGUUUUCCUUCCAAACUGAGUAAGAUUCUACAUGUUUGUGUAGCACAUCAGUAAAUUGUACAGGUUUUCAACCUAUUGUUUUCUUAAUAAGAAGAGGCUUUUAAAAAAAGCAGCGGCGGUCUCAACAUUAUUGUUCAAGGUGGAACAUGGCUGGCGGGGGUGGGAGAACUGAAAACAUAAACCUAGGAGCAGAAUAUGAGGCAAUACCCUUUUGUUACAACACACUAUAUGAUUUUCCUUUUAUUUUACUUUAUUUUCAAAUUCUGCAUUAACGUCAGACACUUUUAUACACAUAUCAGCUUCACGGCCUUUCCUUGGUUAUUUUUGUAGCAAAGUGUUGUUAUUCCGUUGGUUUUUAAAAAUUACAGUAGCAGAAAGAAAAGAAGGAUGUCGCAAGCAGACUUAGCACAGCUUUUUAGACCUACAAAAGUGAUACUGCCUCUAAAGACCUUCUGUAGCAUAUGGCCUGUAAAAUCACGUAGUGUGUCGUCGCUGUUAUCUCUCUCUUCUGUGGGAGAGAAAUAUUAGGUAGCGUCCCUUGUUAACAUCUAUGGUGCUGUAUUGGUUGUAUUUCUUUCUUUCUUUCUUUCUUAUUUUUUGCAUGUCACAUGUCAAGAUGAUACCAUUUGCUGUUUUCUAGUGUUACAUGUGUAAAAUGGAAACAAAAACUAUUGUAAAAGGCUGUGACUAUUCAUGUCGGUAUUAAUCUAGAGCAUUUUGAAUCUAUGAAAAAAGAAAAAAACACUACUGCACUAGUUUAAGUGGCACAAUCCUUUGUAUAAGGUUAUAUGAUAGCUUUGAUAAGGGUCACUCUAAUGUCUCUACAGAGCAUGCACGAUUCAUUGUAUGUAGCACUGUACAGUGUGAUAGCAGCUGUCUCCAUAAGUUUCACUCCUCUGUAAUAUGCCUUUUGGAACAAAUCUGCAAGCUGUCCUUCCAUCCUUCCUUUUUUUUAAAAAAAAAAAGUAGAGUUUUAUCAUUAACUCUUUGAGGACUGCAACCAAUUACUUAACAAAUUACCUAGGGCACAAUCCAGCCCAUUCUAAGCACUUUGAAGAUCCACCAGCUUCAAAGGGAAAGAGAGAAGGUGAAGUUGCUGAAAAUUUCCAUUUAAAGUCAAUGGGACUUAAAAGUGCUUGAAUCGACUGGAUCAUUCCCUUACUCUAGUUCGGAGUUGCGGGGAGGACUUGAACAUGCAAUGUUGUUUUAUAUAAUGAAAAUAAUAACAGUGUUGUCCACAGUAGCCAGCUAAGUGAAAAGUACAUCACUUUAAGGCUGCAAUUCUAAACACGCUUUCUAUGGAGUAAUCCCCAGUGAACAGAGUGGGCCUUACUUCCAAGUAAAUAUGCAUAGGAUUGCACUGUAAAGAAAUAUAAUUUUAAGAGAAUAUUUAUUUAUUUAUUUAUUCCACAUUUUAGUUGAAAUCCCCUUCUCUCCCAUGCCUUUCUGUCAUCUGCCAAAGCAAUUUUGAGAUUGUCCUUAUACUUCUGUGCAAAUUUGACUUUCAAUAGCAGGACUUUUCAUUGAUUUAUUCUGCUCAGCUCCAGGACAUUUUAGGGUCAGCAACAUUCUCUAUUCAUGAGGCUUUGGUCAAAGAGGGCUUAAAAUAUAUCUAUAUAUAUAUCUAUAUAUAACUAUAUCUAUAUAGCUAUCCAUGAACAUCUGGACACAAAGCACUGACUCACAGUGAAAAAUAGAAUUAUAAUUGCCCUUAUUUAAUUUUUUAUUUAAUUUUUUUAAAAAAGAGUCUGGAUAUAGAUUGGUGACAUAAUGUGAAUGGGAUCAUACAGCCAAAACUAAAAAAGGAGGGCUGUACUAAAAAAGAGCAGUAUUGCCACAAAUAAAAAAAGAACAAGCACAAUGUUACAUGGUGAUUAACAGCAAAUGUAUAGACAUAUCACACAUGCUGAAGUAACCAUUACAUAACUUACAAUUUAAGCCAGCCUUCCUUCAGCUAUGUUGGACUACAACUCCCAUCAUCCUCUUGACCACUUGCCAUGCUGACUGUGGAUGAUGGGAGGGUAAUCCAGGCACCAGUUUGGGCAAGGCUGAUUUAGGCAAUUCCCCGAGACGAAGCAUUACUUUAUAGGGGAUUAUUUUGUCAAGAUCUUUACAGAUUUCAAUUCAUUAUGUGUUUAUGACCAGCAUGUUAUGAACCCCUCCAUUUUAUGAUAUGUAAGAAUCUAUUUCCUUACAGUGUACAUAAACAGACGAUUAUUAUAAUUGUUGGAAUGUUAUAAAAAUGUGUGUCAGAUGAAUGUGUUCUGCAGUGUUUGCAGGUGGGAAUUAGUACUCAAAGGGUUAAUGCUCAGUAUCUGAGUGUAAGAAAUUUCCUUUUUUCUUUUCUGUAUUUUUUAUAAAGUUCAAAUAUAUAUAUUGUAAAUUACAGCUGAUAACGUAUCCAUUAUGUGUGUGUGUGUGUGUGUGUGUUGUGUGUGUGUGUGUGUGUGUCUUUCAAAGGUGUACAAAGCAGAAUGCACUAGGUGGGUGUUGAGUUUUGAACAGUAUUCAGCCUUUUCAUUAUUGCUUCUUUUAGAUGAUGCAAAAGGGGGGGGGGGAAAUACCCUGAGCUUUAUUAUGUAUAUGCUGUAUAUGCUUGAACUGUCUCAGAACUAAAAUACAGUAUUUUGCAUUGUGUGCAUAAUAUA